AUGUUAUUCCCUGGGGAGAUCGUAUUAGUGUUUGACUUUGUAGACACAUUGGAGCCAUUUGUCGAGCUGAUCACAGAGUGUGAUCUCUUUCUGUGGAGGUGGGAAACUACUGACGAGAGACCCAGGGGAGACCAGGGGAGACCGGGGGAGACCAGGGGAGACCGGGGGAGACCAGGGGAGACCAGGGGAGACACAGGGGAGACCAGGGGAGAUGCAGGGGAGUCCGGGGGAGACCAGGGGAGGUCAGGGGAGACCGGGGGAGACCAGGGGAGAUACAGGGGAGACCAGGGGAGACCCAGGGGAGGUCAGGGGAGACCGGGGGAGACCAGGGGAGACCGGGGGAGACCAGGGGAGACCAGGGGAGACCAGGGGAGACACAGGGGAGACCAGGGGGGACACAGGGGAGACCAGGGGAGAUACAGGGGAGAUACAGGGGAGACCGGGGGAGGUCAGGGGAGGUCAGGGGAGACCGGGGGAGACCAGGGGAGACACAGGGGAGACCAGGGGAGACACAGGGGAGACCAGGGGAGAUACAGGGGAGACCGGGGGAGACCAGGGGAGGUCAGGGGAGACCGGGGGAGACCAGGGGAGAUACAGGGGAGACCGGGGGAGACCAGGGGAGGUCAGGGGAGACCAGGGGAGGUCAGGGGAGACCGGGGGAGACCGGGGGAGACCAAGGGAGACACAGGGGAGACCAGGGGAGAUACAGGGGAGACCGGGGGAGACCAGGGGAGGUCAGGGGAGACCAGGGGAGACCAGGGGAGGUCAGGGGAGACCGGGGGAGACCAGGGGAGACACAGGAGAGACCCAGGGGAGACCGGGGGAGACCGGGGGAGACCAGGGGAGAUACAGGGGAGACCGGGGGAGACCAGGGGAGGUCAGGGGAGACCCAGGGGAGACCGGGGGAGACCCAGGGGAGGUCAGGGGAGACCGGGGGAGACCAGGGGAGACCCAGGGGAGGUCAGGGGAGACCGGGGGAGACCAGGGGAGACCAGGGGAGACCCAGGGGAGAACCAGUAA